UCCACGCCUCCGCUGGAUCUUAUUCCAUGACGGUGUGAUCGACGAAGCGUACAAGAAGGCCAAGGUUCAGCAGAGUACCACGUGCAGGGCACUGGUAUCGAGGUUGGAGCACACGGUGAUGGGUGAGUAUAGCGGCGGCAGGAGGUCGUACCGGACCCACGCCUGGAUCGGCGACCGGUACUGCGAGAUCUCAAUCGAACUCGGGGAAAAGGUGAAGGGGAAAGAAAUGUGGAUGUCGGUGGAGAUCGAUGGCAAGCGGCUCUUGUUCGUGAGGCGUCUUCGGUGGAAGUUCCGGGGGAACAAGAGAUUAGAGCUCGACGGAGGCUGGAUUCAUUUCUCCUGGGAUCUCCACAACUCGUUCUUCCAAUCUAAGGACUGUAAACCGAUACCGAAAUCUAACUACUCCUCUUUGGCUUCGUCGACCUCGUCAGCUAGCACUUGGUCGGUGAUGGAAUGGGCGAGCCUAGAGGAAGUGGAGCUGUGGCGAGUGCAGGGCUUCUCCCUACUUGUCUACGCCUGGAAGAAUUGAUCCACUGGAGAACAAUUUGGGGUUUCUCUUCAAAAAGAUGAAAAAAAGAAAACAAGGUCAAUAAGUUCAGAUUUGUGGAUCCACAAAUCCUUCCAGUAAUGCCAUAUGUAUCCAAAGUUGACAAAAAUGAAAAGACUGAAUACUUGAAUAGCUGGGCAAGUGUUUUAGCUGAUAGGCUGAGUGGUGCAACAAAAAAUCAACUAGUUUUGGCACCUCACAAUGUUGGUUGUAAUUGGAUUUUGACUGUCAUCGACCCUUAUGUGGAGAUGGUUUAUUUGUUCGAUUCAUUUAAUCAUCGCAAUCGUUAUGAGGGUUGGAAAUAUGUAGUGGAUAUGAGCUUGAAAUUGUUCAAUUCGAACAAGCAAAGGAAAAGGAAAAAGAAGCCUAUGUGGGAAGUCACAAAGGUUUUAUGUGAUGAAAUUUAUGAGAGAAAUUAUUGAAGGAAAUGCUACUGGCGAGAAGGAUUCACUUAGCUCAAUGUUCAUGAAAACAAUUUACUCCAACGAAGAAAUUGACGAAGUGUGAUCCGAAUGGGCAGAUUGCGUACUAGACUAUAUUCAUUACUAGGUAUAAAUUGCUAGACUUCAAAAGAUGGUUGAACACUUUGUUUGUGACUCCAUGACUUAUUAAUUUUGAUUCCUUAGUGCCAAUAAUUUGUUUGUUCACAGCUAGCUAUCUCCUUUGUUGAAUACUUCAUUCUUGCAUUUCUACCAUGAGCAGAAUUAGCUGACAUUUCUUUUAUUUAUUGCCUCUCUUUGUUCUCAUCUUUUGCUUUGAUAUGUCAAUACCUAAUAUACAUCCAUGUGUUAUCUUGCUGAUUAAACAUUUUGUGAAUUUAGUUAUAGGUAAAGUCGUGGUGUCCUUAUAAUUUUGUUUGGCAACCAUGUGUUAUCUAUGGUCAGGACUUCCACUUCCUUUUCCUAAAAAAUGAUUGUCAAACAUGCAUCGAACAGUGUUUCUUGGUAUGUUUCCUUGUGGUCCAAAAUUAAUAAUGGUUGGGUUGUGUGAGUAGCUUAUUUAGUUGUUUCCGAAUUAUGCAAGGAUUGACAAUGUGGAAGUUAUCUCUUUGUGAAUUGUUAGAUGAUGACCUUUUGUAUCUUAUGAGUUGCUCUACAAAUUUCUUGUUUGUUCUCUCCUUAUGGUUUUCAUCUAUAUGCCAUGACUCAAAUCUUGUUUUUCCUCCUAUUUCACAGUCU